UCGCAUCGCGCGCCUCUGAGUAUCUUCCUCCAAGGUCGCGAGAGAGAUUGAAAAUAACUUAAGAGGGCGGGCGACUACCUAACGCUCAUUUUUUGGCCUGAGAGAAACUGCAUCACUAACUGCCACACCGGGAUGGCGUCGACGACGGCAUCUAGAUUGGUCUCCGAAGUGAGUGAGAAAUACGCCUACUUGAACUCUUUACGGGACCCAAGGACCUUCGGCUGGAGCCUCACAGGUGACCUGAGGUUCAUGCUGCCAAUAUGUCUCGGCUACCUCUAUGUUGUUAAGAUAGCCGGUCCAAGAUGGAUGAUGAACCGCAAGCCCUACAACCUCAAGUGGGCCAUAAUGGCUUACAACUUGUUCCAGGUGAUUGCGAACGCUUUCUUCUUCGUGCAGUACAUGCGUCUCUCGUACGUCAGUGGUAACUACAGUGUGUUCUGCCAAGGCAUUGACUACUCACUUAAGGUGCACGAGAUGGAAAUUCUGCGAAUAUCCUGGUGGUACCUUUUUGUGCGGAUUGUGGACUUCAUGGACACAUUUUUCUUCGUCGCGACGAAAAAGUUUUCUCAUAUUACCUAUUUGCAUGUCGUUCACCAUUUUCUCGUUGUGCUCAACGGUUGGGUGUACCUAGCCUUCGGUGGUGGCGGUCAGCUGAUCAUGGUCCUGUGCUUGAAUACUAUCGUCCACGUCGUGAUGUACGGCUACUACUUCCUCUCCGCACUUGGACCUAGAGUUCAAAAACACCUGUGGUGGAAGAGGUACCUCACAAGGCUGCAGAUCUUCCAGAUCACCUUCCUCACCCUCCAUGCGUGCAUUCCUCUCGUGUACGAUUGUGGAUACCCCAAAGCACUCAUACUGAUCGCCCUUCCGCAAUCCUUCGUGGUUCUUGGGCUCUUUAUCAACUUCUACAUUCAAUCGUAUACCAAAAAGGGGAAACCUGAACUGUGCAUUUCUCAAGUUCUCAAAGAGGAAUAAAAUACCAAGUAACGCAGAAUAGUGUAAAACCCUUAAUGUUUGCGAGCUCGUGAUUUUCGCAAAUUUCACGAAUUGAAAAAUUUGCGAACUUAAAGGCAUGCGAAAAUUUCGGUCCUUAAGAGUUUCAAUGCGGGCGUCUGAAAUUUGCGAAAUUUAGUAGCCGCGAUUGUGUCCUUUGUGACCAAUUCGUGAAAAAAUAGAGGCCGAAAAAAUAAAGGGUCUUACAGGAUUGUUUGUUUCU